AUGAGCCCCUUUGAAAAGAGACUCGCUGAAGAAGUGCGCAAAUACCAGAACCUCUACGACACGUCUUUGAAGAGCUACAAGGAUGCGGAAUUGAACAGCAAUUCGUGGUUGGAGAUUUCACAGGCACUGGGCAGGUCUGUCCCUGAGUGCACCAAGAAGUGGAGGGGUCUCAGGGACAAAUUCGUGCGUGUGCGAAGAAAGAUCACCACCACAGGAGGGACUGUGGGGGCUGACAACGUCCCUGGGAUGUAUGCGUUCCUCUCCUGGCUCUCGCCUCAUAUACGACACCGCGAUGUGAAGAACUUGCGGGAGAGUGACCAUGGAGGACCUGUAGAUGGACCAGCCGAGCACUGUGAUGAUGAGUGCCAGUCAUCUUACGCACCAAGUCCAUCCUUGCCUGUAGCCACUCUUCUGCCUGCAUUCCAGUCUUCCUCUACCGUAAAUUCUCCAAUAACCACAAUGAUCGCUCUCCCCUCUGCGGUCACUCCAGUCUUCAAUGCACAUACGCCUUCCCCCUCCCUGUCCGCGGUGUCCCACAGGGCGCAGAAAAGGCAGAGGGUGCAGGAGGAGGACGACUUUUCACAGGCGUUGAAGGAGUUGAUGGAGAGCAGACAGUUGAUCCUAAAGCAGCUCAAGAGGACUGAAGUGCGCCGGCCGGAGUUAGGCGGACCGGAGGACGCCAUCACCCACUUUACAAAGACGAUAGGUGAUAUGUUGAGGAAAGUUGCUGAAGAGGAUCAGGAUGACACUAUGCACGAGAUCUACUGUCUGCUCCAUGGACGUAUAAAGCGAAAGAAGGCCAACCCGACCUUGUAA